AUGACCAAGGCUAUCGAUGCUAUAAACAACAACAAUAUGUCGGUACGAAAAGCAGCCAGCCAAUUCGGGGUUCCUAAAUCUUCACUUAGUGACUAUGUCACCGGACGAAGCAAGGUUGGAGUGAACUUUGGCAGACCACCAGUAAUUCCAGCCGAAGUGGAAACAAAAAUGGCAGAUAUGGCAAUGGACUUAGCAGCCAAGGGUUUCGGUAUCGGUCGACGCCAGAUGAUCGCCAGGGCAUCAACUGUGUGCAAAGACUUGGAUAUCAAGACCCCAUUCACAAACAACAUCCCUGGUAAGUUUUGGUGGAUGGGGUUUCGUCGUCGAAAUCCACAGGUAGUCUUACGCAAGCCAGAAAAGUUGUCUACAGUCAGAUCUAGGAUGCUUAACAGAACUACUGUCGGAAAUUAUAUGUUGGAUCUGUACCCGCUGGCUACUUCCUUACCUCCAACAUCGAUAUGGAAUAUGGACGAGACUGGCAUAUGCCUCGAGCACCAGCCAUCCAGGGUAAUUGCAAGGCAGGGGAGUAAAAGUGUUCCGGGAAGGGUGGGGAAUUCUAGAGAGAACAUUACGUUCCUUCCGUGCGUAAGUGCUGCUGGGGAGCGGAUGCCCCCGUUUAUAGUUGGUAAGGGGAAAACGCCAAGAUCCCUCAGAUCCUUUAAUGUCCAUGAAGGCCCGUAG